GCGGCGGGCACGCGGUGCUCCGGAGGCGGGCGCUUUGGCAGGGCAGCAGGGGCAUGAAAUGCAGGGUUUCCACGCACGGCGUGUGAUGGAGAGCGGGGCCACGAGGGGCCCUCCGCCUCCAUCCAGUUCCUGGAAACCCCCCAGCUUUCGCUUUGAGACCCACGGGAAGGCGGAAGCUGCGCCCCAAGCACGCCAUGGCAGGAAGCUGCCCGGCCCCCCAAAACGUACUUUGCCCCGAGCGCCUGGCUGAGUGAUUCCCCCUGCCCAGGAGGGGGAUUUUGGGCUGGCAGCUGGCAGGGAUUGGGUUUCGGCGCUGCCGGGAGGAGCCAGGGCCGCCCGGAGGGGGAUGCCGAGGAGCAGAGGAUGCCCAGCAGAUAGCGCAGGGCAGCGGCAGCUCAGCCGGGGGCUCCCCUGAGGCCAGGAGGGACGUCGGGAGGACGCAGAAGCCCCGGCUUCCCGGCUCUCCGUCCCCAUGGAGAGGAGAUCCGCCCUGCCCCAGGACCUCCGCGAGGUGCUGCACUGCCUGAAGAUGAGGAGCAAGUACGCCGUGCUGCUGGUGUUCGUGGUGGGCCUGGUCAUCAUCGAGAAGGAGAACAACUUCAUCUCCAGGGUGUCGGACAAGCUGAAGCAGUCCCCGCAGGCGCUGCCGGAGGCCAACGACACGGAGGCCAGCCCGACGCCGGCCGAAAACGGGUCCCUGGCCUCGCUGCGCCAGCUGGACGCCGCCUUCUCGCAGCUGAGGACGCGGCUGCACAACGUCACCCUGCAGCUGGCCGGGGGGCUGGCGACGGCGGGGACGGCGCCCCCGGAGCCCCGGCGGCACGUCCUGCUGAUGGCCACCACCCGCACCGGCUCCUCCUUCGUCGGGGAGUUCUUCAACCAGCAGGGCAACAUCUUCUACCUCUUCGAGCCGCUGUGGCACAUCGAGAGGACGGUCACCUUUGAGCCGGGCGGCGCCAACGCGGUGGGGUCGGCCCUGGUGUACCGCCACGUCCUGCAGCAGCUCUUCCUCUGCGACCUCUACACCCUGGAGAGCUUCAUCUCGCCGGCGCCCGAGGAGCACCUGACGCCCUUCAUGUUCCGCCGGGGCUCCAGCCGCUCGCUGUGCGAGGAGCCCGUCUGCACGCCGGCCCUCAAGAAGGUCUUCGAGAAGUACCACUGCAAGAACCGCCGCUGCGGGCCCCUCAACGUCACGCUGGCGGCCGAGGCGUGCCGGCGCAAGCAGCACGUGGCCCUGAAGACGGUGCGCAUCCGGCAGCUGGAGUUCCUGCAGCCGCUGGCGGAGGACCCGCGGCUGGACCUGCGCGUCAUCCAGCUGGUGCGCGACCCCCGCGCCGUGCUGGCCUCCCGCAUGGUGGCCUUCUCGGGCAAGUACGAGAGCUGGAAGAAGUGGGCGGCCGAAGGGGCGGCCCCGCUGCAGGAGGACGAGGUGCAGAGGCUGCGGGGCAACUGCGAGAGCAUCCGCCUGUCGGCCGAGCUGGGGCUGCGGCGGCCGGGCUGGCUGCGGGGCCGCUACAUGCUGGUGCGCUACGAGGACGUGGCGCGGGCGCCGCUGCGCAAGGCGGAGGAGAUGUACCGCUUCGCCGGCAUCCGCCCCACGCCCCAGGUGGAGGAGUGGAUCCGCGCCAACACGCAGGCGCCCCGCGACGGCAGCGGCAUCUACUCCACGCAGAAGAACUCCUCGGAGCAGUUCGAGAAGUGGCGCUUCAGCAUCCCCUUCAAGCUGGCGCAGGUGGUGCAGGACGCCUGCGCCCCGGCCAUGCGCCUCUUCGGCUACAAGCUGGCCGGCAGCCCCGAGGAGCUGACGAACCGCUCGCUCAGCCUGCUGGAGGAGGGACCCCCCUCCUGGGUCACGUAACGCCGGGGGGGCAGCCGCAGCUGGGGGACCUUCGACUUUCCGGGAGGGCUGCGCAGCCCGGGGGCUUGCCGAAACCACGCCGUGCCCUCCAACGCUGCUGUCGCGGGGAGGGACUGAGCACGGAAAGCAGCACGGCUGCCCCGCGUGAUGUGGGGCCCGAAGCAGCGCUGCGCUGAGCACCAGCAGGGACCCGAAGCCCCAAGGCCUUACUGGUUUAGUGCCUUCACACCAGCACGGACUGGGAGCCGCCCGCGGAGCCCCAGCCAGCAGCACGACGAGGUGGCUGCUCGGGUUUGCGCUCCUCAGUGUUGGUUCGGGGGGGUGGGGAUGUGGGGUGGGGGUGUUUGGUUGGGUUUUAAGUUUGUUUUCUUCCUUUUUCUCCGUGUACCAGGGUUGCAGGGCAAAUCUAUUUAUUUAUUACGUGAAAAAGAGGGGGAGGUACACCGGGGGUCAGAGCUAAGCCCAAAAAAAAUCAGAGCAGCGCAACGUGCUGCGGAGAAACAGGGACACCGACAGCGAAGGCAGGGGGAUCGUGGCCCACGGGAGAGCCCCAGGAGAGGGGAAUUGGGGGUGCAGCUCCCCAAAAAACCCUGGGCACAGCGGGGCAGGGAUGCUGCCAGCAGCCAGCACCGGCCACAACCUCACACCGGGGCGAGGACGCCCUGGAGCAGCUGAACCUCGUCACCUGCUGGAAGCCGUUUCACCUGACUUAAGUAAAAAAAAAAUAUGGAUAAUACAAAGGAGCAGAUUCCAAAGCA